AGUGAAACCCUUCCUCCCCUUAUUGUUGCAGUCUCCGAAUGUGGCCGAAUUCGGUUGAAUCUUACUUCCGUUCGCUGCAGGUUCGCCGGCGUUGAAGCUGUACUACGCUUGCUCAUGUGCAUGCCUUCUAGCUGCGUUCAAUUUGGUUAGGUCAUGGGGUGGUGGUGUGGAAAAUUGGCCUUGAUUGGGAGUGGAAGCGUCGUUUAAGGUUUUGGCAAGAUUGUACAGGCCUCGGGUGCGGGAUUGGUUUUGGCGCUGGAUGAGGCGUCUAUCAGGUGCAGGGAGAAUGUGACCAACAAUCCUGAUAUUUUUCAAUGGAUGCCAAUCUAUCAGUGCCAGAACCAGGGCACGGACGAGUUGGGAGUUCGGUAGGACACCUGGACCUUAAGGAUGACCAGGAUCAAGUAGAGAAGAGCGUCAGUAAGCUGGAUCUGCAUGAAAGACCUGACGUGGUUUCCAGCAUCAUGUCCACGUCCGACAAUUGCCAAAUUUCUUCUUUACAAUAUCAUGAAGAAGUACGAGGUGACGAUUGCGAACCUGUUGCCUUGGAGGUCCCAAGCGAUCCCUCCUUGCUUCAACGUCCAAGAAUUCCAGGCUCUGCAUUGCAAUCAUCAGGCAUUGCUGCUCCUCCCUGUGGCGUUGAGAAGAGGGAUGUGAACAAGCGAUUGACCAGUCGUGCAUCAGAGACUGGGGAUAUAAAAUCAUUGAAUGCCGGCGCAGGAAUCAACGGCAUUAAUGAUGGACGGGCGCCCAAAGGCAGGAUCGGUAGGGGUAGGGGUAGGGUGAAGGCUUUGCCUAAGUAUUCCAAGGAUGUGAAUUGUGUUGGUUCUGAGGAGUUACAAUCAAUGAACUCAACUCAGCAGAUGGGCAUCAACAACCCUCCAAGCUAUGCACUGCACAGCUCUCCAGUCAAUAAACCUCAUGCUGGUAAGACGAAUCCAGGUGACCAUGUUGAUGUCCUCAAAAGGGCUGCAGAAUCGGAGGCAGCACAUCAAAAGCGAACCGUAAUGUAUGAGGGUGAUUCUAAAAUCAUGGAGCCUCUAGAGCGGAUGCUUGACGACAUCUACAACUCUCUUCAGCCUACUGAAGAUGACUACAGAAGGCGCCAGCUUGUGAUUGAACGUCUCAACGACCUUGUUCGGUCGUUGGAUUCUUGUCAAGGUGUUGAAGUAGUACCUUUUGGUUCUUUUGAAUCCAAUUUUUACACGGCUUGCGGCGAUUUGGACCUGUCUCUGGAGUUUCCUGUUGACCAGGAUGUGUCACCCACUUUUACCAAAUCUAAGAAAGUGAAAGUGCUGAAGAGUGUCGAGCGCGCCUUGGGUCGGUCAGGGGUUGCUCGGAGGAUACAACUGAUUGCGCAUGCCCGUGUGCCUCUGCUUAUGUUUGUUGACUCUGAACUGAAGAUUUCUUGUGACAUAUCAGUUGACAAUGGCUCAGCUUUGUUCAAAUCACGGGUGCUUCGCUGGAUCACAGAUAUGGAUCCCAGAUGCCGCAAACUCAUCUUCAUGAUCAAGUGUUGGGCGAAAGCACAGUGUAUCAACGAUCCAAAACUGGGAACCUUAAAUUCGUAUGCGUUGAGUUUAUUAGUUGUCUUUCAUCUUCAGACACGAUCGCCACCAAUAUUACCUCCAUUCAAAACUCUACUUGGAGAACAUACUAGUAUGCCUGUAGCAGGAAAACUGAACAAAGACGCACAACUACAACAAAUGCAAGAGUGCUAUGGACGAAUUCAGGCGCUUGUAAGUGAAGGCUUUGGUCAGGACAACAAAUGCAGUAUAGGACAGCUAUUUUUGUCGUUCUUCGGACAGUUCGCUUCUGUGAAAUCUCUUUGGGUAAAUGGGUUGGCUGUGUCUCCUUUUUGGGGAGAAUGGGGAGAUAGCACCACAACCAAUCCUGCAUGGAACAGAAAACAAUACGCCAUGAGGGUGGAGGACCCCUUCGAUCGAAUGGAUAAUUGUGCUCGAUCAAUUCAGGAUGCUGGUCUUCCUAUUAUAUGUAAUAGUUUCGCUGCAGCUUUUGAGUCGUUAUUGCAACCACCUGAUUGGGACCAGCUUCUCUCAUUACGUCAACUUCUUUUUUGCUGGCCUCCUGGUACGGCUCGACCAGAUGCAUAUGUUCGACAAUCACUUGUUCCUAACCCAGUCUGGAGAUCCAAGCCAGAAAUCAGAGCAGAAAAGAAGGGAAAAGAACAGGUGAAGGUGCCCAAAAAAUAUAGGAUAGCAGAUAAAACCGCAACAAGGAAGUUGAAAGAGCAUUGUUCAUCUAAAAAUUCGUCAGAUGAUUUACCUUCAGGACUUCUGCCAAUGUUGGAAGGUGAAACUGGUUCAUUUCUGCUGAAAGAACGAGAAGCUUUUCAGGGACCAAGUCCUAUUCAUGUCCUGGAUACUGUGGGGCUUGGGGCAAGAGUGAGUGAUACCAGCCAAGUAACAGACAUCCCUCAACAGGAAGGAGGUUUGGUUAUAAUGGAGGCAUUGGGCUUGGGGUCCCAAGCAAUAAUGAACCCCGAAGCUGGUGUUCAGGAUUUUACAGAAGAGCAGUGUUCGGUUCAUCUAACUAGACGUGGAAAGACGUUAAACAAGACUUGUAAGAAAAUGGGACCAGAGCAGUGGGCCGUAUCUGCGAUGCAGUAUGCACAAUCUCAGGAUCGACAACCUGGUCCUGACAACUCUGGAGGCGCAGGUACCGCGACAUCUUGUAUCGACAACGAACCAAGUGAAUCCAUAAAAUUUCCUGGGAAGAAGCAGCAGAUAAAGUCUGCAAGACCUUUGAAGUCGCCUUCAGCUGGGGUACCGCCUGGAAGUUACGAGUGUGGUCAUUCCUCAGGAACACAACGUAUCCAACGGUCAACAAAGGCUUCAGAACGAACUGGUCAGGAGAACAUUGGAGAAGAAUCAGAAGCUUCUUUCCUGCCAAGUGCAGAAAGCAGCCAGAUUCAACCCAGCAUACAGUCCAAUGAACUGGGCAAUCAACCACAGCAUGGCCUCCAGACGUCUUCGAAACAUAGUUCUUUAGAUGAUGAAAGUUAUAUCCCUCCCCGAAAGCCAAGGAGGAGGCCUAGGAGAUAUAAUAAGCGACAAUCUAAUGCUGGCGUCAAUCACGGCUCAUCCAGGGACGUUGAUCCAGGGUUUGUUAACCAUGCUAAUAACGACGCAGUUACAGGAAGACAAGGGAUUCUUACACCUGAAUUAUUUGUGGGUGGACCAUCCACACAAAGGGAUUUUCCUACGUAGAUAAAUUAGUCUGUCAGCGGCAUGAAUUUUUAAAGGUAGAGACGUUCUUAAAAAUUUACGGGUACAGUUUUGUAAAAUGCUAGGAUGUUGUAAUUCCUUUAUGUUAUACUGGAAUCAAAGAUCGGCACUCUCAACUCGCCGAACUUCUGAUCAAUUCAAUGUU